AUGGAGGAGAGAUUGUCUGAAGCUGAGGAAUGGAGAUGUUCUCACUUAUGUUGCCUCCUACUUCUCUACACUUUCUCCGGCGUCAAAUUGGUAUUAGAGCACGAUUCAAUAGCUGGUCGUCAUCGACGUGGACCAAAUGUUGAGUCUUCUAUAGCUCGAGAAAGAGACCUACGAGACGUGGAGGUGGAUGAUUUAAGGAGACAAGUGCAGCAACUGCAAGAGCAUUUGCAACGCUUUGAACUUCUGGAACGUGAUGAUUUGCGUCACGAUUCAGAAGAUGCUCUUUCUGAUGAAGAGGAUGUUAACCUUUUCACUGGCGCUCGAAGUCAUGCUUCGAGUGAGGAGGGACUUCCUCGACGUCAGUAUCGAAGGUUUCAAGAAAGUCAGCAAGAUUCCUAUGUGAAGGUUGAAAUUCCUGAAUUUGAGGGGAAGAUGCAACCGGAAGAAUUCAUGGAUUGGUUACACGCGGUAGAAAAAAUCUUUAACUACAAAGAAAUACCAACUGAUCGGAAGGUGAAACUAGUCGCCAUCAAGCUCAAAAAACAUGCGUCUAUUUGGUGGAAGCACUUGAAGAAGCAAAGAGCUUGUGAAGGAAGAAGCCUUUCACAAUCUCAAACAAAAGGAACUGUCCAUGGAAGAAUAUACUUGGAAUUUAAUCACCUCAUGAUGAUUUGUGAUAUUUCUGAGCCUGAGGAGCAAACUGUUGCCUGCUACCUUGGUGGACUUCGCUCAGAAAUUGGUAAUGUUGUCCAACUUCAACCUUACUGGACUUAUAAUGAUGUUUGCCAACUUGCUUUAAUGGUGGAACGGCAACUUAAAAAAGCUCGUGGUUGUGGCUCUCGAUAUCGAGACAAGGAGGGCUAUUCCAAAAGUGGGAGUAUUCCUACUAAAAAUAAAACAGCCGCUUCAAAGUCCACUCCUAAGAAUGAAGGAGCAUCGAGUUCAAAGCACCCUAACUCUAUCCGAUGUUUCAACUGCCAAGGAUUUGGACAUAUUGCCUCUGAUUGUCCAAAUCGUAAGAUUGUCUUUCUAGUAGAAGAAGAGCAUGAAGAAGACAAUUUCGAAGACUUCCCUAGUUCCAAUGAAGGAUUGGAAGAGGGAAAUAAAGUUAUCUAUGGAGAUCAAGGAGAGUCUCUAAUCCUUCGUCGGGUCUUGAAUGCUAUUCCUAGUGAAGAUGGUAUGUGGCUUCGCAACAACAUUUUUCACACUAGAUGUGCUUCUCAUGGGAAUGUUUGUGAUGUUAUUAUCGAUGGAGGAAGCUGUGAGAACGUCAUGGCUACAACAAUGGUAGAUAAAUUGCACCUCAAGAUAGAGAAACACCCACAACCUUACAUGCUCUCUUGGCUUCGCAAAGGGAAUGAGGUAAGGGUUGAUAAACGAUGCCUUAUUCAAUUCUUCAUUGGAAAAAAACAUAAUGAUGAAGUAUGGUGCGAUGUUGUUCCCAUAGAUGCUUGCCAUUUGCUUCCUGGGAGGUCGGGGCAAUUUAAUAGAAAGACUAAGCAUGAUGGUUUCAAAAAUACUUAUACUUUCAAAAAGGAUGGAGUCAAAAUCACUUUGGGUCCUUCUAAAAUAGAGAGCACUCCUAAACUAUCCAAUGGGGAGGGAAAUAAUUUACUCUCCAAAUCUGAAGUUGAUAAGGCUUUGGAAGAUUUCUUGGAGACAUAUGCUCUUGUGGUGUUAGAAGAGAAUGAAGAACAUUAUGUCGUUCCUUCUCAAGUAGCACCUCUUCUCCAAGAAUUCAAGGAUGCUGUUUCGAAAGAAAUUUCGCCCGGAGCCGUCAUUCCAAACAAAGCCGCCUACCGAAUGAUAUCUAAAGAGCAUGAAGAGCUUCAACGACAAGUGGAUGAACUCUUGGCUAAAGGAAUGGUGAGAGAAAGCAUGAGUCCAUGUGUUGUCCCAGCUCUUCUCGUGCCGAAGAAGGAUGGGUCUUGGCGCUAUAUUGUCUCUGAAGAUGGCAUCAAGAUGGAUCCUAGCAAGGUGGAAGCAAUUAUAAGCUGGCCCAUUCCGACAUCUAAACAUGACAUUCGGAGUUUCCAUGAUUUUAAUAAAGUAUUUGAAGUUGAUUGUGAUGCUUCCAAUGUGGGGAUUGGUGCGGUUCUUAGCCAAGAAAGAAAACCUAUUGCAUUCUUUAGCGAAAAGUUGAAUAAUUCCCGUAAGAAUUACUCUACUUAUGAUAAGGAAUGUUGUGCUAUUGUUCGAGCUUUGGAUCAUUGGCAACAUUAUCUGUUGUUUAAAGAAUUUGUUCUCUAUUUGGAUCAUGAAGCCUUGAAGUGUGUAAAUACUCAACAUAAGCUCAACAAUCGGCAUGCCAAGUGGGUAGAGUUUCUUCAAGCUUUCACUUUUCUUAUUAAACAUAAAGCUGGAACUCUUAAUUGA